UCUGAUUUCAUACGGCACGCUCCUUGUUUUGCAGUGAAAGCAGAGAUUCGAGUUCAAACGUGCUGAGGUCGUGUUCCCUGUGCUGGGUUUUGAAGAGUUGGUGCGAAACUAAACAAAACACAACAUGCUUGCUCGGGCUUUUGCAAACGGACUCUGUUACCGACUUUCAAGGGAAACCACGCGGACUGUCGGGUUGGGGGGAAAGGGGAGGCAAAACAGACAAGCUUCCACAGAGGUGGCACUGAAGAAGACCCCACUAUAUGAUUUCCACAGGGCUCAGGGUGGUAAGAUGGUGGAGUUUGCGGGAUGGAGUAUGCCUGUGCAAUACAAAGACAGUCACAUUAACUCACACAUGCACACACGCCAGCACUGCUCCAUCUUUGAUGUCAGUCACAUGCUGCAGACUAAAGUCUAUGGUAGAGACAGAGUGAAGUUUAUGGAGUCUUUGAUUGUUGGAGACAUUGCUGAACUAAAAGACAACCAGGGCACUCUGUCCCUCUUCACAAACACUAAAGGAGGAAUCAUGGAUGAUCUGAUUGUGACCAAAACAGAUCAGGAGUACCUGUAUGUUGUCUCCAAUGCUGGCUGUGCAGACAAAGACUCUGCUCAUAUGCAGGCCAUACUGCAGGAGUUUAAAUCAGCGGGUCAUGAUGUAGAUUUAGAGUUUAUGGAAGAAAGUCUCAUUGCUCUGCAGGGCCCAUCAAUGGCCCAGGUUCUGCAGAAAGGUGUGGGUGAUGACCUCAGGAAGCUGACCUUUAUGACCAGUGUUUUGACCACAGUGUUUGGCAUCCAGGGCUGCAGGGUCACACGCUGCGGUUAUACAGGGGAGGAUGGAGUUGAGAUAUCGGUGCCAUCUGGAGACGUUGUCUUGCUGACUGAAAAGCUGUUAGCCAAUAGUGAGGUGAAGCUCGCUGGUCUCGGUGCCAGAGAUAGUCUCAGGCUGGAGGCAGGACUUUGUCUCUAUGGCAAUGACAUUGAUGAGACCACCACACCUGUGGAAGCAAGUCUUGUCUGGACUAUAGGUAAGCGCCGUCGACAGGCACUAGAUUUCCCUGGUGCUGACAUCAUUGUUCCACAAAUAAAGGCAAAGACUCAGAGAAAGAGAGUGGGACUGAUCUCCACUGGACCACCUGUCAGACAACACACACCCAUCCUGUCAACUGAUGGGAGGGUUAUAGGAGAGGUCACCAGUGGAUGCCCCUCCCCCUGCCUCAAGCAAAAUGUUGCCAUGGGCUAUGUGGAAACUGGCUUCAGUAAAUUGGGCACAUCAAUCCAGGUGGAAGUGAGGAAAAAAGCAGUGCCAGCAGUGGUCAGCAAGAUGCCAUUCGUGCCCACAAAGUACUACAUGGGCCAGUAGACCUAGAGAGGGUCUGUCGUAGAUCUGUCUGGAAGUAUUUAGCACUGGAUUAGCACUGGAAUGGAAACCAAAAUUUGAGGUUAUGUAAAGCCUGAGACACACGUCAACAUUGAGCAUUCCAUAAUGCAAACUUUAAACACACAAUUUACUUUUGUGUUAUUUCAAGUACUGUAAAUUGCAUUCCAGAACAUUUUGCAAUAAUUGCACAACGGUAUGGCCACUUCACUAGGAAUUCAAAUCAAAUGGACUUUCUGGAUGUGGGAUAGGACCACUUGCUGUUAGUGUGUGUGUGUCUAACAUAGAGCACUUAAAAUGGGAGAAUGUGGGAAGGUGAAAUUGUUUUAAAGAGAACUCUGUAAGAUUCAUUUAAAAAGUUUUCUACACAUCUGGUUCAUUUUAUGCCAGUGUACUUUUUAGUGUUAUAGUUCUAUGAUAGACAAUAAGAUAAUUAACAAUAUUAGUCUGAAUUAGAUAUAUACUGCGAUAUUAGAAAAGUGCCUAAUUCCUCAGGUAUAGUUUAUUAUGAUGUAAUGUCAUCAUCUUUUAAUUUCAGACCACAUCAGUGUGAAACCUUUCUGUCUGAAAGAACAUUUAAAUUCUGUUUGGGAUGUGAUUAAAUAAUACUAUUUUAUUUUAUAGAAUUUUAUAAACCUUUACCUGAUUGGUAACAUAGUAAUACAGUGAUAAUACUGUUUGUACUGUGGACUAUGAUUUAAAAUAAUUUAUAUUAAAAAUAAAUUAUAAUAUAUUAGAUGUGGGUUAUUUGCAGACAAUAAGCUUGACUAUUAUAAAGGAACUGGGUGUAAAGCAUGUAACGUUUUACGAUGAUUAAUCUUAGUAAAUUAAUAAACAGAAAAAAAGUG